UUCCAGAGAAGACUCUGUCCUCGAUGGAAACAAGCGUGUUAUUUGUGUCCAUUAGAGAUUAGCUCGUUAAUUCGGGAAGGCUUGCUGCCGAGCCUGUACAGGAAUCACUCGUUUACAUCUGUAGGGAAACAAAGGAGAAGCCAAGAAUCCAGGAUAUGAUGGGUGAUGCAGUGACCACCGUGACCAAGAUUGUGGAAAUUGUGAUGAAGAUCAAGAAGGCUGCAGACAUGGUGAAGCAGAAUGAGGAUGUCUGCAAGCAAAUACAAAGCCGCGUCGAGAUACUCAGUAGUACGUUAUCACAGUACCAGGAUAACGAGGAGCUAAUGGACAACUGGGGGGUGAUGCGCACGCUUGAGGCGCUGGCCGAUGUCCUUGGUGAGGCCUUGAAGCUCGUCACGGACUGCCAGGAGGCGGACACCAACUUCGUGUGCCUUUUCUACAACGCUGGGAACCUGUCCCAAGAGUUAAUCAAGGUGGAGCAGCGUAUAUCCAAUAAGAACAUGGACGCGAUGUUUGCCAUCAUGGCCUUCCUUUUACCGAAACCAACUACGCCAAGCAGUGUUCGUCCUACAGCCCAAGAGCGACAGGUUUCUCCUGUCGGCAGACAAGAGCCUUUUGAGCUCCAAGAAAUGCAACCACCAUUUCCGGUCCAACAGAUGGGGAGACGAAAGCAAGAUGGAGGUGAUGGGGACGUUACUUACGACAAAUGUCUUUAUCCUGACCGCAGAAAAGCGCCUUUGCAGUACCCAACAAUACAACCACCAAAUCCGCCCCUACAGAUGUGGAGACAAAAACAAAAUGAAGAUGACGUGGAUGUUCAGAGUGACAACUCAUAUACUCGCUAUUUUGCCGGAGUCAGGGCCGAAGCGCGGAAAGAGUCUUACACAAGGGACAUCCAAUGGGACUCCUCAGUGGACGCUCUAUGUUCGUGUUGUGCAAUGGUGAAAAGGCGUACGCCUGCUCGCAGACCGUCAUCUGCCCCCAUUGGUCAACAGAGGAGCCAACUAUCCGCAAAAAAACAGAAGAGCCAACUACAACAAAUAGCUGGAGUAGCUCUCGACAUCGAAGAGGCAGCAGAGACUGUUCUUCAGAACACAGAGGCUUGCAUUGAGAUUGAUAAACGUGUUAGUACAGUCAGUGCCCUCCUAUCGAAGCUCGAGAACACAGAUAUGGUGGAGGAACAAGCGAUGAAAGAUGCCCUAAAUAAGCUCCUUGAGAUCUUCCGUCAUGCCCACGCACUCGUCAUGGCUUGCCAGAAAAGCGGCCUUGUCACCAUGCUCUUCUGCAACCCGCCAUGCAUACUGUCCAAACAGCUAAGUGAAGUAUUGGAUCAAUUGGUGCCUAACAUCAACGCUUUGAUUGCAGUCAUUCUCAACAGCUGCAACGUCCGUGCCCGCAGAUACAACCGUACCAGAAAUGCCCGUGCACCACCCCGAGCAGCAACAAAUAUUCAACCAGCAAGAAACACUUCCGGAGGUGUUGCGGCUUCACUGCAUUCGGACAUGAUUCCAGUGGGUAGAGACUAAUUAUUGCUAUUUGAAGUGUCGAAGCUGUCAGCAUACUUGAUAUCUCUUAUUGUUCUCACCACAGCAGUACUAUCUGCAGCUUUGCUUAAAGAUUGGAGGACAGCAAGUGGAAUUGUGUAAUUAGAGUCCGCCAAAUAAAUUGUGGGGAUUUCAUGGAAUGAUAUAAGAGAUAAUUAAAGUACAAUCUCUAGAUCUCCCUCCUGCGGUAAAAUGCCCAUCACUCGAACAUGAGCAAGGUAUUUUCCGUAAGGAAAACAGCAUAUUUCCAGCAGUGAGUUGCACCAUAUAUCAGUUAGAGUUCCUGUUAACUUCAUUAGUUCC